ACAACGAGACAAUAUGACAUUGUCUACAGUCAUCUAAAAAUGACUACAGUCAUCUAAAAUGUACAUCUCCAACAUUACUCAUAAAUAAGUUGUCCAACCCCGAAACCCUAAGGCCUCCCUGAAAAUCUACAGUAUUCGCCGGCGCCACCUUCUCCUCCCUCCGCUGCCACCGCCGUGAAAAAUCCAACCACUUUGCUUCUUCUGUAAACAAUCACUCCACUUGUCAAUAUCAAUUGGCCUAGUUCAAUCUGAUCAUCGAUUUCGGUCUUCCCAAAGAUGGCCACGAAUCGAAUCAAUGGCAGUGACAGUGCGUGAUUGGCAAUUCUCGCUUGCCAAUUAUCAAAUCCAUGGAAACUUCUGUCAGAAUCUUGAAUUCGUCAGGUCUGAAUCGCCAUUUUCCGAGCUCGGUUCUCCUCAAAUCACACCCUCUCAAGUACUGUAUCACCCUCCCAAACCCUCCUCGAUGUCGCCAAAUCUCACUCCCUCCGCUUCCACAAUCUCCCUCCAAUCGCCUCAUCGCCACAACAACCCCCUUUUGUUCCACUCGUUUUCACUCAUCGAUCUCUCCUCCAAAUUCGAGCCCUUUAGGGUUCUUCCAGUCUCUCCCGGCAUCGCAAACCUCCGAUUCUUUACUCUCCGGCAGUCAAUUCGUUCCAAUUGUUUCCGAUUCGGGGGACAAGUACUUUGAGCGAGCUUUGGAGGGCGUUAAUGGCGGAGAUACAGGGAUUGUGGGGGAUAAAGGGCCCGUGGUGACUGUGGUGUUGUUGGGUUGGCUUGGAGCGAAGCCUAAGCACUUGAGGAGGUAUAAGGAGUUGUACAAUUCGAGGGGUAUUAAUGCCGUGACGUUUGUUGCUUCGGCGAAUGAUGUGCUUUCGUUUGAUUUGGGGAGGAGAUUGCAGGAGAGGAUCUCUGGUUUGGCACGAGAGCUCGGUUCGUGGUUGGCCGAGACAGAGAAGGACGGGCGCGAAAGGGUUUUGAUCUUCCAUACCUUCAGCAAUACCGGUUGGCUUGCCUAUGGAGCCAUUCUUGAUAAUUUGCAAGGUAGACAGGACUUGCUGAUGAAGAUCAAGGGAUGUGUUGUUGAUUCGGGUGGGGACCCAGAUAUAAAUCCUAAGGUCUGGGCCGCUGGAUUUACUGCUGCCCUGCUAAAAAAGCACAGCUCAUCAACAUAUCCAUCUACCAAGGCUGGAGAAGGCACAAAAAGUGAAGCGAGUCUCUCCAAGACACAACAGAAGGAGCCUUUGCUAAUUGAAACGGUGCUUCUGGUAGUAUUUGAGAAGCUCUUCUCUUUCCUUCUUAACUUGCCUGAUGUAAAUGAGAGGUUGAAAAAGGUUAUCUCUACGCUAGUGAAGAACCAGCCUCCCUGUCCUCAGCUUUACCUGUAUAGUACAGCUGAUAAAGUCAUUCCAGCGCAGUCAGUAGAGCAGUUUAUUGAGAACAGAGGAGGAUUCGGGAAGAAAAGUGUUCUCUUUUAACUUCGCUCGUCUCCUCAUGUAGACCAUUACAGGAAAUUCCCUAACAUAUACUCAUCACAGCUCCAGAAUUUCUUGAAGGAGUGUUUAGCCAUGGUGAACACAAUGUAGAAGCAGCCUAGAAAUAGAGAUUGUUGUCUGGUCAAACCCUUGUUUUGGUCUCCUCAAGUGCUAGGGUGGCCACUGCAUUGAACGCAGUUCAUUAUGUGCUUCUUAUAAUUUAUUAAUAUCUGAGAAUUUCAGGAAAUUGCUUCCUCCAUAUUUUGGUACCACUUUUAAUUGGUAUUCAAACAUUCAUUUGAUGGGUGUGUUAUAUUGAGUGUAGGUUUUUUCAGAGCAAUAAAAUGUAUUUUCCUUAUCUGAAA